ACUACAACAAGAAAGAGGGAGAGAGAGAGAGAGAGAAUGGACAACACAAACGAGCUCUACAAAGAGUGCCUACGAAACCAUGCAGCCAGCCUCGGCAGCUACGCCACCGACGGCUGCGGGGAGUUCACACCGGACGACACCUCCCCCGGCGGCGCCGCCUCCCUGCAGUGCGCCGCCUGCGGCUGCCACCGCAACUUCCACCGCAAAGUCGCGUACGGGCGCGGCAGGGCCGUGGUGGAAGACCACGACAUGAUGAUGACCACCACCACCACCCCCACCCCGCCGCCGCCGGAAAUGAUAGAGUCGCCGGAGCGGAGCGGGAAGAAGAGGUUCAGGACGAAGUUCACGGCGGAGCAGAAGGAGAAGAUGCUGGCGUUCGCGGAGAAGCUGGGGUGGAAGCUGCAGAGGAAAGAGGAAGAAGACGAGAUUGAGAGGUUUUGCAGAGGGGUUGGGGUUAGUAGAAAAGUAUUCAAAGUUUGGAUGCAUAAUCAUAAGAACAAUAAUUCUUCAACUCCUUCUGCCAAUGUCUCUUCUCUUACCCAAUAAACCCAAUUUCAU